UGCAAACUGUUUUGUUUUUUUAAGGAAAAAUGUAAUUCUAAUUGUUUGAAUACAUAGUCAAAAAUAUUAAUGAAGAAUAGAUGUACACAUAACGGCAUGAAAACACUACAUCAGAUUAAAAAAUGUAAAUUUAAACUACCCACGCGGACAUUGUGAGUACGUUGCUAAGCAACCGUUAGCUAGCUGCUGUAAACGAAGUUAAGGAGCAAAUCCAGCUAUGAGACUCCUUUAAUCGAACUACUGAAGGCGCAGGACGGGAGGAGACACCAUGUCAACACAGACAGACGAACAGGCGAACAUCGGCCGGGUGCUGAGUUUUCUUCGAGAGUGGGACCGCGGCGACGGGACGGUCCGCGGCCGUAUGUUGAACACCUUCCUGACUCUAAACUCGGGGAAGACGUUUUACGAGCUGGAGCUGGAGUUCGCUCAGGUGGCCAGUCUGUUUCUGGCCCGACUCACCACCUGGAUGAAACUCACAUACACAUUUGGGACGUUCUUGGGAAUACAACUUAAAGCGAUUGGGAUUUUCCUCUCGGCGUCAAGCCAUGAUCAGUACCUGAUGGAGUUCCUGGAGGAUGGAGGUGUUCUCUCUCUCCUCAACAUCUUGGGCCACUCUCGGAGCAACGAGGAGGAGAAGACUGAGGCCCUUCGUCUUCUGCUCACCGUGUCAAAUGCAGGUCGCAAGUACAAGGAGAUCAUCUGCGAAAGCCAUGGUGUGACAGCCAUAGCAGAGUGCCUGGCUAAGUCAAAUACAGAUGAAACCCAAGAGACAGCCGGUGCCCUCCUGGAGUCCAUCUCCCAUGGAAACCCCAAAUAUCAAAACCAAAUCUACGACGGUCUGAUUGCUCUCAUGGCUUGUACCUCCCCCAAAGCCCAGCAGCUGGCCCUGCACAACGUGCACACUGUCCAGUGCAAAAUGAAAACAGCCCAUUGCAGCAUUGUGGAACCUCUGCUGAGUAUGCUCAGGUCGCUGCACCUAGAGGUUCGGGAUGAAGCUAUAAGUUUGAUCUUAGACCUGAAGUGUUAUGAUGUGAGGCCGCUGCUGCUCAAUGGACUGGUGACUCUGCUGAGGCCUACGAACAAAGUGCAGCACCAUUUGGAAGAUUCAUUCAUCCCAUCAGAAUCUGAGAUGAUCAAGAUGACUGGAACUUUGCCUGUGUUCGUGCAACAAGCUGCCGCAGCCAAAGCUAUACGCUUGCUGGCCAAAGACAGUGAAGAGCUUUCUCGUGAGCUUCUCUCUCUUGGAGUGAUCCAACAUCUUCUGUACACAAUGGGAAACAGAGACCACGCUGAUGCUCAGAUACAAGCCAGUCUGGCCUUAGAGCACUUUAUCCGCUCAUACCCGGUUAUUGAGGAACAUGUGCAGAGAGGCAUCAGCAGGACACUGUUUCAAGCCUUCAUGCACCACACUGACACUUUGUACAUGAAUAUGGAUGAAAGCCAAGCAGAAAUCCUGCUCACAAACAAGGUUCACAUUACUGAAGUUUGAGACGGUGACUACUCUGAAGGAUGACAAGAAGGACAACUUUAUUUUGUUGAUGCAAAUAAAAACAUUUUUUGGAUUUU